UAGAAGCAGAAAUAGUUUAUAUUUAUUUACAUUUUAAUACGCCAUUGCUAAAGCGAAACGAAAAUCGUUCUAAAGAGCUUUUAUUAAAAAAAAUUGGUACAGUGUCAAAGUCUGUGAUGUGUUCUAUCCGCUGGAACGAAUUUUGCUUUUCGGGAUUCACGAAUUCGCUGGUUGGAUGUGAAACAUAACCUAGAAAAUGUGCUGUUAUGGUAAUCUGAAAUGGUUUUUGGUGCUGAUCGCUUUUGUGUUCUUGAUCUGUUGUUCCUCCGGUAAGAAUAUUACCAAGAAAGGCGAUGUCUCAGGCGAAAAAAUCGUCGGCUCCUUUGAACUGGUUGCAGAAAAAAUUCAAGAAGAAAUUGCCACCAUUACUAAUGAAGAUUUAGGAGUUGAUUUCAUAAAUAAUGUUUUCAAAAAAUUUAAACACACCACAAUUGCUCAAGAUGUAGAUAAAACAUUAAUAAAAAUAGCAGAUAAAUUGGAAGGGAGGCUAAAGGAAUCGCUCACAAUACUAAAUAAAACGCGCGAGAUAAUCGAGAGUCAUUAUUACACCUCUAAAAAUACAAAAAUUCAUUCUUUCGUAUUACCUUGUCAUGAUAACGUGGAUUUCGACGAGGUGUCAAAUUCCAUUUUAAACGAAGAACCAAUUUUGAAGAUUUUAGAACUGUCAAAGUUACAAAAUGUCAAGCGACAUGAAGUGAUUAAACGCGCAAUAAAACUGCAAUAUUUUUUGUCAAAUUAUAACGUACAAACGGACACGGAUGCUUUUAUUUCGAAAUGUAAAAAACAGGAUAAACCGUUAUUCUGGAAAAAUUAUAUGUCGCGUGUUAUAACCAAAGAGAGGAACAUCAUGAUUUUGAUCGACCACGGUGGAUCGUUGACAAAGCAGCAAUUCAAAAUUGUUAAAGCUUUAGCGAAGCAAAUGAUUGCAUAUCUCAGGGAAAAUGACAAAGUUGGUCUUUUGGCGUUGUCGGAUGUUUGGACGUCUCCUUUAAUAACCGAUCAUUGUCUUAUGCCAAAUGAGACCCCUCCUUUCGGUGAUCCUUAUGUCAUGUCAAAAGCAACGAUGCACAAUAAAAAUUUAUUGAAUAGUUUUAUUGAUUCUUUACCUAAAGGAACUGGUGCCACAAAUCAUUCGUUGGGAUUUCAACAAGCGCUACAAACGAUUAAUAUGAGUAACAUAUCUUCCAAUGAAACUGUUUUGUUAUUGUAUAUUAGUAGAGGGUUAUUUUCGUCGUUGACGGAGUCGAAAACGGUGUUAGAAACGAUCGCAGCUAAUUUGGAGCAAGUUACAAACCCGGUUAUUAUAAAUACUUGCGCAGUAAUUGAUGAAACGAAAAAUGUUAUGUAUGAGAUUCAAUUUCUUCGAGAAAUCGCGUUACAAAAUUACACGAAAUAUAACAUCACGUUCCGGCCACCGAUCCGACCGGGAUUAAUGUUGUCGGUAAAUUCUACUCACAACGUUGGAUUAGCGGCUGCCCGAUUUUUCAACAAGCUAGAUUCCACCAAUAUCGCUUACAAUUUAGAUACAACGUUAAGCGUCCCAACGUGGGACGAUAUUUCGAAAGACAUGAUUAUUACAUUAACGAUUCCAUGUGGGAAGUUGGCUGAAAUUGGAAUUUUGGGGUUGGACGUACUUUAUCCGUAUUUAGUUGAGGAUAUAACCUAUUAUAGCAAUUAUCCUCAAUACACUUACGCGUUUCUUAUUGAUAAGGACGGAAAUACGAUAAUGCACCCAUCCUAUCCAAGACCAACAACCAUCAAAGAGCAGCCUUUAUUCGUGGAUAUACAACACUUGGAAAAAAUUCCUGAUAUAAUGACGUUAAGAAAUCUUUUAUUGACAACUCAACAAGGUGACUAUCAAUCUAAAAGCGAAUCCCACCAGAAGCGGUAUCUUUGGCGGAAAGUGUUUGGGUGGUAUACAGUUUGUAUUGUUGUAAAUGAAAGUCAACCAAUUCCAACUAGACCAUAUAAGCUUAAUUGGAGUCCUAGUACAACUGACGCAGAUUUGGUGCAUUAUCGCCUGGAUUUGGAUGGAUCGACGAGGUUGUGUCGACAUUUAAAUCAAAUUGCUACUUUAGAUGCUGGAUCAUUAUAUCUAAGUUUAUCAUGCUUCCAAUCUCCAACAAAGCACAGUCAACUAAUUUUACCUUCCAUUCAAGACUACAUGGCCUACUUAAAAGACAAAACGCGUCUCCUCGCCAAUCCGGGAUUACGAGAUCAAGUCCGUGACGACGUAGCCGCCAUGUCACACGUCUUAGAAUACCUACGCACACAGCACUUGCAAGGUUCCAAAACCAAGUACAUAGUAAGAAGGUACCUGACUUCGCCCAGUGGAGUUUUGCAACUAUUUCCUGGGGCAAUCAUCCCGUCGGGAUUAGAGCCGACCAAAAGAAAUUGGUACUUGCGAAGUGUCGAACAAAGACACAAGACUAUUUUAACUCCUCCUUAUUUGGAUGGAGGUGGGGCUGGGUAUAUUGUAACCAUAGCUCAUGCUACGUCUCAUGUAGUAACAGCAAUGGAUGUAACUUUCGGUUACAUUUAUCGGUUAAUGUUGGAGUAUAUGCCUUUCUGUGGAAAACCAAACACGAAAUGUUUCAUGAUGGAUGAUCGAGGUUACUUAAUUUACCACCCGAAUUUAAUUGAUCCUAACGGACAUGGGCCUAUUGAACAACAACAUAUCAUCCAUAAAGAAUCUUUGGUUGCUAACGACAUUUUGAAUCAUAAAGAUUUCGUGAAGAAAAUGUUGUGUAAUAGUUACUCUGAUGGAACUAUUCAAAGGUACUAUAGAUUAAACACUAGUUUAGAUAGGGUUUUGGGAAACGCCGUCCAUGGAGAACAUUGCGUUAAGUACCAUGUGAGUCCAAUAAAAGGUACUAACGUAUUUAUCGGUGUUGUUAAAGCGAGUUGCGACGUAUUCGCCACGUUUUGUCCAUGCAGCAUGAUUGAUAGAUUGUGUUUAAAUUGUAACAGAAUGGAGCAAAAGGAAUGUGAGUGUCCUUGCGAGUGUCCAUUGAACUUGGAUACCUGUCGACACCCAAAUAAGACGUUUUUGAAUAACCCAGUUUGUCCACCAAAUCCUGAAAGAGGAUUCGAUGUUGAUUUCCAAUUAAAAAUUGAUUUAAAACCGUGUCUUCCCAUUUCUUGCGAAUCCCAAGGGUCUCACGAAUCAUGUUUGGGAGUCAUCGGAUGUGAGUGGUGUAGAAUAGACGUUGAUGGUGAAAGUUUAUUGGCGAGUCCGUUUUGUACUUCUAUUCAAACGUGUUUUAACGGCAUUUUGGGAUCUCCAACUCCGUACGGUGAUCAAGUAACCGUGUCGACGUCACAAGAUAUGGGUACUUGGGGAUCUGGGAAUUCUUAUUCGCCGAUUGGGCCAGUUAUCGGGUCAGUUUUUGGGGUUUGUUUGGGACUCGUUCUUUUAUUUUUUUGUUACCGCUCGUAUACUUCGCCGGUUAUAGAACGUUUCUAUUUAACUUCUUCGCAUGAAAAUCGAAUUAGAAUGAGUGACGUCAACGUUAGCGAUGAUUACCGCGAUGAUAACCACCAAGAUAAACUUCUUCUGCAAGAUAACGCGAAAAAACUUGAACCGGUGAGUCCUUAUUGUGUUACGACUGGGUAUAGAAGACCCGCGACCGCUGUUGAUUCGGAUCAUGGGUACUCGACGAUGACUCCGCAUGAUGAAUCCGAACAUUUAUCGUUUGCUCCUUUAGAAUUGGAUUCGUUGGAAGAUGACAUUUCGGACGCGACGUCGAUUAAUACUUCGGUUUCUUCGAGACAACCGCCGAAUUUAACGAAACAACCUCAACAUUAUUUACCGCGACAACAUCAACCAAAAAAUUUUCCGGUUAUGACUAAUUUAUCUGGAAGAAAUCGUAUUAUCGCCCCGGUUACUGUUCAUAGGAAUAUGGAAAUGUCAUAACAUAAAAAAAUGACAUAUUGUCAUUUUCUAACAGGGUUCUUUGUCAUUUUUUGAUAGGAAUUGUAAGAUUUUUUAAGACUAUUAACAGUAUUUUUAAGAUGUUUUUCAAGUUCUUGCCAUUUGUAUAGGAUCUUCAUCCUACAUUUUAAAUCCAUAAAAUUUAUCGUUGGCGGCUUAAUCUUUCAAUCAAAAGCUGCCACAAACCAUGACGUUAUGAAAUAAAGAGACUGUAAAAUGAAGUUUUGUCAGCUAAAAUUUUUAAUUUUAAACAAACCGUUUUUUAUGUAUAGUAAUUAUCUUGCCAUAUUAAUUAAGGAAUAAAAAUUAAUAAACUGUACUUAAAUCAGGUGUGGUUGCCAGAUUUGUGUUGUUGCCAUGAAAAUCUGGACAAUCCUAAGUCCUUUGUGAUAACCAAAAAGUAAUGGAAAUCGUUUGUGUUGAGUGACUGACGUAACCUUUACGAAACUUUGUAUUAUAUUUUAAUGUAAUAAAAAAAACAGUUAUUCAUUAAA